UUUACGUAUCUGUUUGCUAUAUAUUUAUCGAUUUCAUACAUACAGUAAUGACAUAUAAUAAUGAUAUUGAUGUAAUUGAACAAAAAGCAGGGCAGAUAAAGAUUGAAGCAAAAACACAAAGCCUCUAUGCUUGUAUUCGUUACGCUUCCAAAUUUAUGAAACGUCGAACACAAAUUCGUAAGCAUAGAACUUUACCCAACGAUGUGCCAAUUACAUCAAUCGCAUCUAUUUAUGAGUUAAAAGAAAAACAUCUUUCUCAGGAAGAAAAUGAAAAAGUAAAUGAAGAAAUGAAUUGUUUCAUCCAUCAUGAAAAACAGCAUUUGACGUCUCUCCCACCUCCGCCACGAACAUCUUCCUGGGCUCAUAAACAAUUUUAUCACAAAAGUCAAAUAAUAUAUUCAACUACGAAAUCUGAAUUUAAUAGACCUAAUAACAUUGUUCAUGAAGAAGUCGAAGAAAAUAAAACCAUUGCAAGUAAAGAAUAUAACUAUGAAGAGCAAGACACUAUAUCAAACAAUAAUGAAGAAUAUAAUUUUGAGGAAUUAUUAGAUACUAGCUAUUCGCUGAAGGACUCAAAUUACGAUUCAUCAUAUGCUUUGACAUUACAAAAACUUUCAGGUGAAACAGUGUUAGUCAAUAAUAAAAAUAAACCAAAUACAGCAGUACUCAUCACAUUAUCCCCAAGUGCAUUAGCUGCAGCAAAUGCGGCUAUACAGAAGCGACAAAGGAUUCGAAAUUAUAAAUAAUAUAUAUACGUGUAUAGAUACCCAUAUAACAUUACUUUUAAUAAUAGAC